GUCAAGAGUGACACUGGCCCCGGGUAAGGGGAUACCCAGCACAUUUACAUCCCUGCACCUGCCCUGCUCCCAGCAGCAGCGGCACCAAAAUCCCCCCCAGCAGCAGCAGCAGCAGCAGCAGCAGCAGCAGCAGCAGCAGCAGCAGCAGCAGCUCUAUAAAGCUCCUCUUGCCAUCCCUGACACUCCAGCAGCAGCAGCCACUGACCUGCCUCAGGCACUGCUGCCACAGCCCCCUUGGCCAGCACAGCUCUGCUCCCCAGCUCCAGCAUGGAAGCUUGUCACUCUCCACAGCAAUCCAAUGUCACUUCAUCUGGGGCCACAACUUUGGCCAUCAUCAGCCUGGAGGCAUUUGCUGGCAUGUGGAUAAAUGCUUUCAUCGUUUGUGUGCUCUGCAUUGGCUGGGUCAGAAAGAAAACCCUGAACUCUAAUGAGAAGAUCUUGCUGCUGCUGGGAUUCUCCAGGUUUUGGUAUUUGUUCAUCUCAUGGGCAUAUUCAUUUCUCUCAAGAAUUUAUCCCAAUUACCUUUAUGUUCAUACCAUACUUCAAUUAACUGUAUUUUUUCAAACCUUUUUUAAUUAUUCCAACUUGUGGGUUUCUGCCUGUCUUUGUGGUUUUUAUUGCAUAAAAAUUGCCAAUUUCAGGAACAGCUUCUUCAACUACCUGAAAGUAAAAAUUGACAGGAUGGUGCCAUGGCUCUUGUUGGGGUCUGGGGUUUUAGCUUUGGCUAUGGGAAUCAUUGCCUACGACAUCGCUGAUAAACCGCACUGCAACAACCACAAUUCCAGCAGACAAGGAAAUUUUGGGAAAGCAAGUAUCAGAAUGGAUAAACAUUUUUUCCCUUCUUUUUUUCUUGCUGGCUUUGGAUAUGCUGCUUCAUUCAUGGCAGUCAUUUUUUCUGCUGUUCUCCUUCUCUUUUCUCUCUGGAGACAUAAAUGCAAGAUGCAGACAAAUGCCUUGAAGGACCUCAGCAUGGAUGCCCACAUCAGAGCCAUGAAAUCUAUUCUCUCCUUCUUAGUGAUGUACAGCAUCAACUUUGUAUGUUUGGUCUUAGAAAUGGUUUAUGUCACACAGAAGAGAAGUCAGAUGACGUUUCUCAUUGUAGUGUUUCGUUACGCUUUUCCGGGUGUUCACUCCCUUAUUCUGAUUUUCAGCAAUCCUAAGCUGGAAAAGACACUGCUAAAGAUUCUUUCCUUAGAAAGAAGUGUGAAACACAAGGUUUGCAUGAGUUAG